AUGCGAUUUAAUCUGAAUGUUUCAAGUGCAAAUAUUGCAACUGCUGGUCCGAAGAUGGAAAUCGGUGCGUCUGUACAGGAAUCCGAUUGCACUAGAGUCGUCGUCCCCACCAUUGUUGGUGGCUGGAGGACAUUAUGUCCUUUUGCUUUGGUCGCCGUUGGUGUUGUUGUUCUGACGUCUCUUGCAGUCUUUGCUGCCUGGAGGAUGUACAAACAUCAUAAGAGGACCAGAGAUCUUGAGGAAGAGGAACCACCAUUAAGAGAACUUGAAGAAUCAGACUUUGAGGAAUCAAACUUCGAGGAAUCAGAGUCUGAAGAAUCAGACGUCGAUGAAGCAGUAUCAGAGUCGGAAGAAUCAGACGUCGAUGAAGCAGAGUCUGAUGAAUCAGACUUCGAGGAAUCAGAGUCAGAAGAAUCAGACGUCGAUGAAGCAGAGUCUGAUGAAUCAGACUUCGAGGAAUCAGACUUCGAGGAAUCAGAGUCUGAAGAAUCAGACGUCGAUGAAGCAGAGUCUGAUGAAUCAGACGUUGAGGAAUCAGAGUCUGAAGAAUCAGACGUUGAGGAAUCGGACUAUGAGGAAUCAGACUUCGAUGAAUCAGAGUUUGACGAACCAGAGUCUGAAGAAUCAAAUUUUGAGGAAUCAGACUUCGAGGAACCAGAGUUUGACGAACCAGAGUCUGAAGAAUCAAAUUUUGAGGAAUCAGACUUCGAGGAACCAAAUUUUGUGGAAUCAGCCGUUGAAUUUGAGGAGAUGUGCCAGGAACACCAAGAGUUAUUGGUUGCAGAAGUCUUGAAGGAGAACACACUUUUGCGUACGCAAAUAAGGGAGGCCAUCAACAUGAAUGGCUCGAUGUUCACAAUUGUGAAAGAAAAAGAAGAGCAAUUAAGAGAGGCCACCAACAUAGCUGAGAGGAUGAUCGCAAUUGUGAAAGAAAAAGACGAUAUGGUAAGAAAUUUGAUGAUCCUCUAUGACAAUCUGAAGAAGGAAAAGGAUUUUCAGAUCCACGAUUUGAUGGCUGAGCAGGAAAAACUCAAAAACGAUCACCGGAUUUUGGAAGAGAAAUUAGAAGACGCUCUUAGUAAGAGGGAGAAGGAGUUAGAAGAGGCGCAUAAUAGCAUACAAGAUAUGGAAAGGCUCUUGAAGGAAGAAGGAAAGGAAAAAAGAGAGCUGACAAAUCUUUAUAACGAAAUGGUCGAGAACAAGGACCAUCAGAUUAGAGAUAUAUUGGCUAAAGAAGAUAAACUGAAUGCAGCCAAAGAACUCUCGCAAGAAAAACUAGACGAGUUGGCUAAUCGUAUGCAGGAUUUGGAAAGCCUCUUAAAGGAAAAAGAGGAGGAAAAAACAGAGAUGACAAGUCUCUAUGACAAAAUUAUUGCAACCAGAGAGCAGCAGAUCGAAGAUUUGUUAGCUAAAGAAGAUAAACUGAAGGAGGAACAAGAGACAUUACAAGAAAAAUUAGGCAAAGCCCUCUCUUGUCUCAAAGAGGAACAAGAUUUCAAAAUAGAAAUUGAAAGGCGAUGGCUACUGGAGAUGAGGGAAAAAAAUAGAGAGCUCGAUAUGUUGAGGAAAUUAUGUGAGGAAUAUGAUGAGAGACAGAGAAAUCUAGAGGAAAAAUUGGGAGAAGAUUUAAACGAAAUGCAGAAAUUAGGGCUCUCACUGAAAAAAGCAGAAGACUCACUUACGGAGACAUGUUGGUUGGUGAAGGAGAAAGAAGAAGCUCUUGUUAAAGUAAGAAGUCGGUGUGAGGAGCAGGACACGGAGCUUGAGAGGCUUCGACAACAGGGUAUAGAUCUACAAGGAAAACUUCAGAAGAAGGAGGUAGAUUAUGAAAGUUUAUCAGUUCAAAGAAAUGAGCUGGAAACUCUCUUAAAUACAAAGAAAGAGCUGUUGAGAGAAAGGGAAAGGGAAAUAAGUGAUUUGAAAAUGAGAUAUCAGCAGAUAUUAACAGAGAAGGAGCAACAAGAAAAAAGCUUGCUAGAAGAGAAUGACUGCUUGCAAAAAGAGGUAGCAAGCUUGCAGUUGCCAGUAGUUGCUAUGAGCAACGAGGAGAAAUUGAAGGGUGAGUUUGAAAUUAGCAGAGGAAAAAGUCCUAAAUUUCCUGAUGGCUGA